AUGAAUUUACUUCAGGUUAACAAAAAAGAUAGGCAAAUGUUUGUGGAGGAAUUGAAAAAAACUCUGAAUCCACGGAAUCUAAGCAAAUAUCUGCUUUCCUUUACAAAAAGAACAGACCUAUCUGGCUCGAUCGGAACUAAACUCGACAGCGUUGACACACUUCUUGUCUCUGGAUCGAAAGCAUCGCAUCUGCACACCGUCUACACAACACAAAAAAGUAUGAAUCGACGUAAAACAACAUUGCUGGUUGUUGACAAUGUUGCCGACGUACUCCAGGAAGCGCCUGACAACAUGGCUCGCUCGUUCAUUCUCCUUUGCAAAGGUUGUGGAGUCUUAUCUGGUGUUGCUAUCCCCGGAAUGGAGCGACAACGGACGCUUAGCAGUUCAAUGGAAGAAGCUGACCGUCCACGUCGCCUUUCUGUAACACAACCGAAUCUUCCACCGGUACCGUCGAAUUAA